UUAAGCCUGUCCUCGGCAGAGAUUCUGAAGCGGCCAUGACCUGUAUUCUCUGUCAAACGUGUUGCUGCUAAGGAAAAAAGUGAGCCUGGAGAUCUAGUCAACAGCCUCACAAAUCUUGAAAUCCUUCAUUGCAGGUUUAUGGCUUCUGAGAAGCCAGCGGAGGCAGCCUGUUCUCAGCCCCGAAUGCAAUAAUUACAAUAGCACUCGCAAUGAUUAAUCAGCCAGUUACAGUGAGCUGAGGACCUGCCUUCAACAGAACAGGACUGGAUUUAGACUCCUGGAUGGUGGAUCGCCUCAAGUGCCCUUCAGAGACUGCUCAGAACCUCACCAAGUCCUGCUCAGUUUCUUGUUCCUCAUCACUCAGAGCUGCCAAAAUCUCUUCGAAAGUGGCCUCACCAUUUAACAUGCCCACUAGCAGUGUAUGACGGCUCUGAUUUCUCCACACCCUUGCCCUCCUGGUGGAUGUGCAGUGAUGAGGAAACUAAGACAGAGAGGUUGAGUAACUUGCUGAAAGUCACGUGUCUGGUCAGCAUGCGGCAGAUCUGGGAUCCGAACCCAGGCCUUGACCUUCUUGACCAGAAAUGAAAUCCUGUGCAUCCACGACUCCUUCCUGAAACUCUGUCCCCCUGGGAAGCACUACAAAGAGGCCACGCUGACCAUGGACCAGGUCAGCUCCCUUCCGGCCCUGCGGGUGAACCCUUUCAGAGACCGAAUCUGCAGAGUGUUCUCCCACAACGAUGUUUUCUCCUUUGAGGAUGUGCUGGGCAUGGCAUCUGUGUUCAGCGAGCAGGCCUGCCCCAGCCUGAAGAUCGAGUACGCCUUCCGCAUCUACGAUUUUAAUGAGAACGGCUUCAUUGAUGAGGAGGACCUGCAGAGGAUCGUCCUCCGACUGCUCAACAGUGACGACGUGUCAGAGGACCUGCUGACCGACCUCAUCAGCCACGUCCUGAGUGAGUCGGAUCUGGACAAUGACAACAUGUUGUCUUUCUCAGAGUUUGAACACGCAAUGGCCAAAUCUCCAGACUUCAUGAACUCCUUUCGGAUUCACUUCUGGGGAUACUGAUGUGGCCACAAAUGCCUGAUCUGACAGCCUCGAGGUGGACCCCUGGAACUUGGAAUCUGAACCCCUGCGGGCACCAGGGGAACUCUAAUUAGAAGAAUGACUUUGUCCCCAUCCCUUUCUCACUUCUAGAAUACUGUUCUUUCAAUAAAGCAAAAGAAGAGACUU